GCUGCGGAGGAGCGGAGCCAUGGGAAAGCUUCAAGAAUUUGAUAUCACUUUUGCCAACAACAAGGUGGUGUACAGUCCUGGAGAGUCUAUACGCGGAACUGUGAAAAUACGAACCGGCAACUCGCUGCAAUACAAAGCCAUCAAGGUGAACUGUCAGGGCGCAUGCGGGAUCACCAAUAAACUGAAUGACACAUCGUGGGCUCUGGAGGAGCAGUACUUCAACAGCACGUUGUCUGUCGCUGACAAAGGAACUCUCGUAGCUGGCGAACACAAUUUCCCUUUCCAGUUUGUUAUUCCAGUUGCUGUGCCGACUUCAUUCGAGGGACCCUUUGGGAAGAUAGUUUACCGUGUAAGAGCAGUCAUCGACACACCCCGCUUCUCCAAGGACUACAAAGCCCAGAAGCCCUUCUACCUUCUCAACCUGCUCAACCUGAAUGAGGUGCCUGACAUUGAGCAUCCGAGCUAUGCUGUGAUCACUAAGAAGUUCAGCUACCUCCUGGUGAAGACGGGGACCCUGAUGAUGAAAGCUCGCAGCGACCUCAGGGGUUACAUCCCCGGCCAGGUGAUCAAGUUGGCCACCGAGAUCCACAACAAGUCUGGGAAGGACACGGGAUGUGUGCUUGCCAGUCUCAUACAGAAAGUGACCUAUAAGACCAAGCGGCCUCUGUUUGACCUGCGGACCAUUGCGGAGGUGGAGGGAGCUGGAGUGAAAGCAGGAAAACACGCAGAGUGGAGGGAGCAGAUCAUUGUCCCUCCACUUCCUCAGUCAGCACUGGCUUGCUGCGGCCUCAUAGAUAUCGACUAUUUCAUUCAGGUGUCACUAAAAUCUCCAGACACAGUCGUCACUCUGCCCAUCUACAUCGGGAACAUCGCUGUGAACUUGUCUCCAUCGAGGCCCAUGCCCACCAGUCCGGUCCACUGCGGCGCGAGCGUGGCACCCGGCGCGGCAGGGGUGACACCCAGCGCCCCGCCAGCGGAGGAGGAGGUGGAGGAGGGGUUGUGUGCAGGUGGUGUUGCCAGCGAGGAGAUUCCCACCAAGAGUCACUCACAGCAGGAUCCCUCUGGUCAGCCGGUCACCAUGUCCCCUAGCGCCUUCAGUCACGCCCCCGGUGCGGCGCUGCCACCCGGCCACAGACGAACCGACGCGUCAGCUCCCCUCUUCUGUGUGUCCACGGGGGCCACCAUACCUUUCUUCACAGAGGGAAAUGUCACUCCUAUCCCCACUUCCUGUUCUCUCAUUCUCCCUCCAGAGUACAGCAGCUGGGACUACCCUCACGAGCCUCCACCCACUUAUGAGGAAAGCUGCAGUAGCGCCAACUCCAGUUUCAACAGCAGCAGACAGUAGAGAAAGUGAUGAACCAUCAUGGUUUAAUCCCACCCACAACUGUCUGCACUUGCCUCCGGACAAAUCAGGAUGGAGAGACGCUGGGUGAAAGAGUGUGGAAGAAAACUCCAACCCCAACACACUGUUAUUUGUCCUCUAUAAGUAGAAAAAGGGAUCCUAUCUUAUAUCGAAUAUAAGAAUUUUAUUUUCACCUCAUAUCCCACCAGGCAGUGUCAGACAGAGCUGGUGAACAUCACUGUGCCUAAAAGAAGCAUUUUGGAUUAUCACAUUUAGAAUAUUCAGUGAUUUGUUGGACCCCAUUGGAGCAGGGUAAAAUCCUCCUUUUUCCAUGAAUUGUUGCAUCUAUGAUGCUUUGAAAAUCUUUUAGGUCUAAGGAGGGUCACGUUUGAAAAGACCAAACCUUGGCCUUUUUUGUAGCGCUGUUCCAAAUGUGCACUUGUCAUCGUGGUCCUGUCUGUUUGUGUCUCAGUUUGUCCUCGUCAUCGGCGUGGAUGAGUUGUCUUCAUGCUGGAUUUCAAGAGGUGAACUUACAGCCACAGGUCCCAGUCUGUCUGUAAAAUUACUUAAAACCCCUUUAGGACCCCUGCAGGAUUCUACUCUGACUUUAGCAUCUCUAAAAUUAUUCUGAUGGUUUAAGUCUUUGUUUGAAGAAAUAU